AUGCCUGUUGUACAGACAGCAAUUAACCAGUACUUCAUUUACUGCCACAAUCAGCCACUGUCAUUGUUCGAUGAGCAACGGUUUCGUCAACGGUGGGAACAUGGUUUGAUACCGCAAUACCUGCUCUUGGUCAUCAUAGCAUCGGCCUUGAGAUUUUCGGACGAUUCGUUCCCCCAAGACAAACAUCAUGAACUCAUCCGCAGCUACAGCCGACAUUCUUGGACUCAGAUGGUGAAUCGCUGGACGAACCAAGAUGUUGAAGAAAAUCCCAAUGUGGUACAAGCCGUGCUCCUUCAUUGUCUGAUUGAUAUUGGCGACGGCCAGAAUUAUCGUGCAUCCGUCAAGCUUGCGCUUGCUGUUCGAAUUAGCCAAGAGCUCCGAUUGAUGCUUGAGCCAGAUUCCCGACUUGACCUCGAUGAGCAGGAGGAACGAAGGCGCAUAUUUUGGUCGGCCUACGUCUUGGACAAGUUCAUUACUUGCAAACGAACACGGCCAUCAGCCAUCUUAGAUGACGAUUGUAAAGUUCGUCUCCCUAUGGAUGGCUACGAUCUUCUCCAUGGGGAUUUGCUGGAAAAGGAAUAUGCCUUAGACCAACUCAAACUAAUUUCAACCCCCCAGGCGUCUCAUCUCAGCCCCUUUGCAGUCUUGGUCUUAAUAGCAUCGACUCUGGGUCAGUGUUCCAAAUAUAGCCUGCACGAAUAUAGCUGCGGCUCGAAUCUACCACCCUGGGAUUCAUCCUCUGCAUUCUCUGCCAUCAGCUCCAGCCUAAUGGUAUUCGAGGCGGUUUUUGGUCUCGACGAAUCGUUUGCGGCCAUGUCCUUGAGAUACUCAAACGUCGACGGAAUGGUGGAUCCGCGGAUGGCAGGACAGCUAAUCUUGUCACGCGCCAUCUUCCACUUGUGCAAUAUCCUUCUCUGUCAUCCGCUCCUCUUAUUACGCAGAGCUCAUUCUCUGAAAGAACGGGUUCCGGAGAGCUUCCUGCGACGAACAAAUCAAACGUCGCGCGACCAUGCGGUCGCCCUGACGGUCUUCCUGCGGGAUUCCUUUCAUGCGGGAUAUCGUGGAUCGAAUGUGAUGAUAGCGUAUUGUACUUUUGUGGCUGGUGUUACACACUGUCUGCAUCUUGCUUGUGGACUGUCGGACGUUGUGGACGACUAUUCAGAGCUUGCCGAGUUCAGCAUGACUUCGCUAAAUGAGCUUGCAAGCAAAUGGCCUAUAGCAGGCUCUAUGCUUCAACGUCUCCGGGCUCUUCACAAUGAUAGUCUACAUCACAAUGAGACUGCAAGCUCUUCAGUCGACUUUCGCGACCUCGACAAGCGCUUUGCCGACGGCCACUUGAGAUUGAUGGACCAGGGACUCGUUGUUGAGCCGUCAGCCAAGGAUCUUCCGUCUCACUCAAUUCUUAAGAGAUAUGAAGACGCCCACAGUGCCUGCUUGGAUGAAUACUCUCCAGAAUUUAUGUUGCCGCUCGAAAAUGCUACGCUCCCGGCGCUAGGUUCAGAUAUGGACGGUUUGCCGACCAGCGGGGUGACUGAACAGUAUAGAUCUGAAUUGGUUUGUUUUGACCCCUCACCUCUGGCAUCAUUCUUGAUGGCACAGGGUAUGGAAAGCGUUGGGGACCAUGGCGAACUCCCCUCCUUGUCUAGCUAG